AUGUCCGAUCCCAAUGGCAUUGUCCUUCAUGAGGUCUUCGGCUCUGAUUUGGACUCUGGUGAAGAGGAAGAGUUCCGACGUAAGCUAGCAUCCCCUGCAUCGAAAAACCACUCCGCAUCUCGUCCCUCUUCAUCCUCUUCGGGUCUUCGACGGGCCCCAGUCAUGCCUGAUUCUGAUUCUGAAGAUGACUUGCCGUCCAAAGGAGCCUCUUUGCCCGCUACCUCACGCCGUCCUAUUGAGUUUUCUGAUUCCGAUGACGAUGAUGAGCUGGAGAGUCUUCGUCGCCGACCCUCCAAGCGCCAGAACCCUGAUUACCCAGAUUACGACUCUGACGAAGGGCCAAUAACGGACCACAGGAACAGGGCAUCCAAUUCAUCAUCAAAAUCGAGCAAGAAGUCGAAGAAAGCUCGUUUGCGUCGGGGUGAUGACAGAGAUGAAGACGGUUUUAUUGAUGACGAUCUAGCCAGGAAAGCUGGCCAUGACGACGAUGAUAUCAUCAAGACUGAGGGUGGAAUGCAUGUCAGUGACGAGAUUGAGGCUGACCCAGAUGAGGAGGAAGCUCCACGCUCGAGAAAAUCCCUCAACGCCAUCGAGAGGGCUAUUGAAGAUAACAAGGCCCUUCGUCGUCCGAGGCGCAAGGAACUUGACCCGAAAAAGAUUGAAUCGGAGUGCAUUGCCUUUUUGGAAAGCAUGAUGGGCGCCCGAGAUGCAGAUAUCAAAGCAUAUAGGUCAGGCAAGCCCGCUCUUAACAAGCUGAAAAUGUUAAGGGAUGUCGAGCUUAUGGCCAUGAAAGUUAGCCACAGAGAAAUAUUACUCGAUAAUAUGCUUCUUGCCAUUGUCAAGGCCUGGCUGGACCCCAUGCCAGAUGGCGCCCUUCCAAACGUGGAGAUUCGCAGCACUAUGCUGCAGAUACUCCUGGACAUCCCAGUCGACAGCGAUUGGGUUGAAAGGCUCCAUAGUUCACAAGGACUUGGAAAGCUUAUUCAUUUUCUUUCUAUGAAGGAUGAUAUUCCGUCAAAUCGGCGCCUUGCUGACAAGCUCAUGAAGCGAUGGGCCCGGCCUGUGUAUCAAAGCAACAACAACUAUCACGAUUUGCUCGAUGAAUUUGACAGACCGGAAGAGGGCCGACGCGCACCUAAGGACAGUGUUGCUGCAGAGAGGAAGGCUGCGAUGGAGACGGUCAAGCACUUCCAAACGGCACAAGAGAAGCUUCAGGCUUUCAAGCAUAAGACCAACGAGGAUAAAGUUCUCGCCACAAUUCCACGACGUACUCCGUUUUUAUUUACGGCAUUGGCAGAGAGCUCUGCCUCAAUUGAUGAAAAGACUUUGCGUGAAAUGAGAAACGCCAAGUCUCGCAACAAAAAGGUCAAUAGAACGAUGUCAACAUUGCGCCGAGCCAACAAGAAUAAGUCAGCAAGAGCAGCCAAACCAUCUGUGAAUGGGCGAAGUUGACUUGGUCCUAGGGUUUACCUCCCUCUUUUCGUAACGUUUUGCUUUUGCUCUGAAGACAUCCAGGUAAGAUUCCUUGAUGUGAGGCUUGUACAGAAGUUCCUUGCUCUGUCAUUCAUUCGCGACCGCCUGACCUAAGUCUACCUCAAUAAUUCUAGGUUUUAAAGAAAUAGCAAUUUUCA